AUGGAUAAUAUCAGAGCAUAUGGUGCCGGUAUGGCUGGUGGGGGCUUCGAUCGACAAGCGUUCAUUCGAAAACCAACAGUUAUUUUUCGAUUUGUAGCUUUGAUAGCUGGAUUGAUUGUUUGGCUGUCGAUUUCAAACGGUGCUUGGCAUGAUUCGGAAGCAGCAACUAGUGGACAAACAAUUUGCUUGUAUGGUCAGAGUGCAUCGACUUGCUCGUUUGGUUCAGCAAUGGGCUUUUUUGCGGUGGCGGUUGCGAUAACGAUGUCUGUGGUGGAUGCUAGAUUCGAGAAGAUUAGUGCUAUUCAAACACGUAAGCGGGUUGUAAUCAUGGAUUUGGCCAUCUCUUUGAUAUUUGUUGGCAUAUUCGUAAUCACAUUCUUUAUGCUUUUGAGCAAGUACAGUUCACUGCAGCUGGAUGAGCCAUACAGUGGAAAGUAUGCGAAAAUUGGUAUCUUCUUUGCGUUCAUCUCUCUAGUUGCUUGGGGUGGUGUUGCAUUUUUCGCAUGGCGACGUUAUGAAGAAGGCGCGCUGACGGCAUUCGCUCCGUCUUAUGAACAAGACUUUGCGAGAGAGAUCGCAGGUGCAGACUAUGGUUACGAUAAUAACGCAGGAACACGAGCAGUCACAGGCACAGGUGUUGUUGUUGAUUCUUAUCAAAAUGCGCCCUUCACCGCCAUCAAUACACAAGAUUCACCUGUUGAUAUGAAACAGUUUCAUCAGGGAUAUUAA